AUGAUAUUCCCAUAUUUCUCCGCCUUGUUUAUAUAUUCUCCACCUAUUUAUUAUUUUUAUAAUAAACAUUACUUUUGUAUUAUUAUGGAUAGUUCACAAAAUGGUUGUCAAAGAAAUUUUGACAAUAUAAAUGAAAAAAUAAAAAAUAAAUCAAAAGAUUAUGAAAAAAAUGAGAUGAAUAGAGGAGUAGAGAACCCAAUGAAGGACAAAUCUGAUUGGAGAGAAAAUAUUUCUGAUGGACUUCGUGAACAUCUUAGAAACAGAUUAGUUACUGUUAUCAUUCCUUAUAUGUUUAGUAAUGAAAGAUCUAAAAAUUCUUUGAAUAUCAAUGAAAAAAUAUUUCAUAUUGAAAAUUCAACAUUUUAUGGUUCUAAUAACAAAGAAGAAUACUUUCGUCUUAUGGCAGAGAAAAUUCAUGCAAUAUAUAAAGAACUUCACAAAAAUUCUUCAAAACCUUUUGAUGGAGAUAGUUUUAAAGAUUUAAUUGAUAAUGUAAGUAAUCUUCACCUUGAUAAAUAA